GUAAUAGAUUGGUUCUUUUGCGCUAUAUUUUUUAGUAGUAGUAUUAGUUUUUUUUUCUGAUACGCAUUUUUUCUUUUUUCACAUUUUUACUAGUGAGCUCGUGAUAGAGUUUCUUUUACUUUAUUCUUUAUUUGCUUUCUUCAGAAAACAGGUACCUCACACAUCAUAGAGGAAAUAUAGUUAUUAGACAAUGCCCAGGAACGCCUGUACUGCGGUGCAUGUUGCGGCGCAUAUGGAGUGCCAGGUUUGCUUUGAUACCUGGAGUCACCCCAUGCAGCUUAAUUGUGGGCACAUUUUUUGUGAACAUUGCGUACCCACCUGCGUCACUCACUGCCAUAUUUGCCAUAGCCACAUCUUUGGCAUGCACCCCCCCAGCGAUCAUAUCAUUGAGGAGACUUUGAAAGUGCCGGUGCUGUGUUCGAGCUGUGGCUGGCGAGGAACCCGAAAGGCCUCUGAGGCUCAUCGAUGCGAUUCUCGCGAGGUUCACUCCAUGUUUGAGAGCUAUCCACAACUCAGCGACGACGACUGGUUUAAGAUUGCUACGAACCAACCGCUACACCCACCACGUGUUGCACAGGCGAGAGAAUACAACCAUAUAUUGGCUGGCAUUCAGCUCGCUACCACACGACCCGACCUGUUAGCAAAUUGGCCCCUCAAAAAGUAACAUUUCAUUAAUGUGAUUUAUUUUAAUUGAUUUACUUCUUUAAUGCUCCUUUUACAAACUACUUCAAUAAUAUUAAUAACAUUUAGGUGAUCUUUUUUUAUUUCAGUGCUUGUGUUUUUUUCCAAUAAAACGAAAUAGUACUUCAACUCAACAAGUUGAUUCAAAGAUUGGUAAA